UUUCAUUUUCGACUUUCAGAUAAUUAUUGCCUUGUGUUUUUGUAUCUUGCCGAGGCCUUUCACUCCAUGAUUUGUGUGAAUCAAUCAUAAUGUCCCUUUACGAUGGGCUUGUCGACUCCUCUGCCCAGGAGAAAGUGUCCCAGGUGGAUAGUGAACGAGAUGGCUCCUCAGAAAGACCAGAAUUGGCGAAAGUCUCUGGAUGGUCAAGCAGUUACAAAUUCCUGUCGAGUCAGUUACAACGAAAGAAGGCAUCGACUACUAAACUUACACAAGUCGUGAAAUCUAACCGUGCGCCGGCUCUGCCGCCUGUAGCAAGUCUAGGGAUGCGGCCAGGAGGUGAUUCAUUCGGAUCCAUGCCACCGCCGUCAUUAGAGGAUAUGCAGUUACCUAAUACAAAGUUUGAUCAGGAAAUAAUGCCGCCACCCCCCGCUGAUCUCAAUCUACCACCGCCUGCGCCUAAGCAAGCACCACCAGCAGCAGCAGCACCGCAAGUAGCUGUCGCUACCGCCACAUCGUCGCAUGACACUCCGUACCCCACCAUCGCCAACGAGUACAACCCACUCAAGCCAAACGAUUACGAGAAGCUGCGACGAGAGCGGGACCGAAAGCGGCGAAUUAAGGAGGCCGAAGAGGAGCGAGAACGAAAAGCUAAAGAAGGUAAGAGGGCAGCGGUGAAUUUCUGCUCUUUGUGCGUUGUGUGCAAUGUUCUUGUGAAUCCACUGUUGUAUAUCCUUAAGAAUAGCUUGAUUUGUUGUAUCUUUCCUGCAGAGCUCGAAGGCGAUCCAUUGGAUCUGGGCAUUGAACCUCCAUCAAAACUACAGUCAGAGCUCGGUCGUAAUCUUCUCGGCAAGGCAGCAAAAGGGAAUUCGGUGGCAUCAGCAAUCAUGGCAAAGUACGGGUACAAGGAAGGGCAAGGUCUUGGAAAGUCUGAGCAAGGAAUCAGUACAGCCCUGGCAGUGGAGAAGACAAGCAAACGUGGUGGCAAAAUCAUUGCACCUGGUGCUGCCAAUGCAGCUCCGAAUGCUGCAGUGCCACCACCAGCCAAUGUGAAUGUUGAACCAGCACGACCGCAGCCUAGUCUGAUCGAUGAACUGAAGAAUCAGAGCACAGUCGUUCUACUUCGGAAUAUGGUGGGUCCCGGCGAGGUGGAUGAUGACCUGCAACCCGAAGUUUCAGAAGAAUGUAGCAAGUAUGGCCAAGUGCACAAGUGUCUCAUCUAUGAAAUUCCCAAUGCGCCAAACCCAGAGGAAGCUGUGCGGAUAUUUAUCAAGUUUACUCGGGUCGACUCGGCUAUCAAAGCUGUCAUGGAUCUGAACGGCAGGUUUUUCGGCGGUAGGACCGUAAAUGCGGGUUUCUUCAGUGAGGACCGUUUCGACGAUCUAGACCUUGCGCCGCCCUAGGAGUAGGAUCUGUAGAUACUGUGGUGUACAUGUAUGUGAUUUGUGUACACCGUUGCUCUCCUGCUGCUGCUGCUGCUGCUACCCCUCUGCUGUAGAUAUUUGGCCAUUUGUCUAUAUGAUACACUACGAAUCUAGUUGAUUGCUAAUGCUGUGCGCUCUGUACAAAUGCUACUUCAUCCGCGUGUAGGCUUGCUUGCUGUUCGCGUUCCUUUUGCAACAUCGCUUGUCAAUUUCUAGGGUUUUCUUAUCAAUUUCUAUUCAGGGUCUGUACAUACUGAAUACCGUGGUGCUAUGUACUUCAGAAGUAACACUAUGCCGCGUCUACACUUGCAGGUGUAGUUGCGUUUGUUCAUGUACAUGUAUUAUUUUUUAAAGUCAUCUUUAAAAAGUGGCCGAUCAUA